GGACGCUUGACCUUCAGGGAUGUGGCUAUAGAAUUCUCACUGGCGGAGUGGAAAUGCCUGAACCCUGCGCAGCGGGCUUUGUACAGGGAAGUGAUGUUGGAGAACUACAGGAACCUGGAGUCUGUGGAUAGCUUUUUAAAAUUCGUGAUGGAGUUCUCGUCAACUGGGCACAGUAAUACCGGAGAAGGGUUCCACACAGGGACAUUGGAAACACAUGAAAGUCAUCCCAUUGGAGAUUUUUGCUUCCCAGAAAUCAAAAAAGAUAUUCAUCACUUUGAGUUUCAGUCACAAGAAGUUGAAAGAAAUGGCCAUGAAUCACCUAUGACAGAAACCAAAGAGCUGACUGGUAGUACAGACCGACAUGAUCAAAGGCAUGCUGGAAACAAGCCUAUUAAAGAUCAGCUUGGAUCAAGCUUUCAUUCGCAUCUGCCUGAACUGCACAUAUUUCCGACCGAAGGGAAAAUUAGUAACCAAGUGGACAAGUCUGUCAGUGGUGCUUCCUCAGCUUCAGCAUCCCAAAGAAUUUCUUGUAGACUCAAAACCCAUAUUUCUAAUAAGUAUGGGAAGAAUUUCCUCCAUUCUUCAUUAUCCACACAAAUACAGGAAGUACGCAUGAGAGAAAAACCUUGCCAAUAUAAUGAGUGUGGCAAAGCGUUUAAUUAUAGCUCACUCUUAAGGAGCCAUCACAUAACCCAUUCAAGAGAGAAACAAUAUAAAUGUGAUGUAUGUGGCAAGAUCUUUAAUCAGAAGCGAUAUCUUGAAUGUCAUCGUAGAUGUCACACUGGUAAGAAAACUUACAAGUGUAAUGAGUGUGGGAAGACCUUCAGUCAAACAUCAUCUUUUACCUGCCAUCGUAGACUUCAUACUGCACAGAAACCUUACAAGUGUAAUGAAUGUGGCAAGACAUUCAGUUGGAAGUCAUCCCUUAGAUGCCAUCGUAGACUUCAUACU